GUCGCCGCCGUCACUCCGCAAUCUUCUCAACAGAAUGGCGCAUUGCCCCCAAUGCCCUCGACAUCACAACCUAUUCCACCUGCACAGCUGACGAAUUUCCCUGACGCAACGUGUAUCGGUGGAAGCGCUGGCAGCCGCGAGCUCUGUAUCGACAUUAUCGGUGAAGACAACAAGACCACCAUCCACCACAAAGUUGCUGCCCGUGUCAUGUGUGUAUUCACAGACGAAGACGCACAUCUCGCUGCCCACGUAGAGGCCAUCCCAACAUCCGCCUCUCUUCCUCCCAACAUCCAGGUGAACUCCAGAAGAGCCGUGACACUGGCACAGAACUAUGAGCUCUUCAAUGGAUGACCCAAAACCUACCACACUUCACCCAAUUGCUCCCUCCCAUGCGUUCACAACAAGCCUCGACCACCUC